AUGAAUUUUAAUCGUAUUCCGACGCGUCUGUCGACGCACUAUGUCUGUGACCCGUACACCACCCUCAUGCACUACCGGCGAACGUUCAAGUUCCUCCAGGCGUUGAAGUCGAAGCCCAACUGCCGCGCUCUGUGUCUCGGCAACAAGAAUCAAGUGAACAUUCAGUGGCCGAAACACUUUGACGGGCUGACUGUGGUCGCCUCUGCCGUCUCUGCGCAGUCCUCGAUUCUCUCGUCCGCCUCCGUCCACUACUCUCUUAUCAUCUGUCUCGACCCUGUCUUGUUCGCCAAGCACCUGUACCGCAUCAACGUCCCCGUCCUGGGUGUAUGUACACCGCGGGAAAUCCACGAACACCCCGAGAUCCUCAAGGUGAUCGACUACCUGCUGCCGGCGCCUUCCACGCGCACAGAUGCCGCGCUCAGGCAGCUGCUCGCGCGCGAGUUCCUCGACGAAGCCGACGCCGAAGAACGCACCAAACAAAUUCCAGGGUGA